AUCCAUUGCAUAUGCUCUCAGUCUCGCCAGAUUGUUUCCAUUGCAUGACCAAGACAGUCAGAUUUCCACUGCUAGAUCCUUCUCUUCUGCAAACUGUCACCAUCCUUAUUCCUGUGUAUCUCACUUUCUCUCCCUAGGCCAAAUUGAGGUAUAUAUAUACUUCUGACCUCAAUUUUUUUUUGUUUAAAUGUUAAAUUUCAAUUUUUCAUGAACCUAUUAACUAAUAAUUAUAAUCUUCUCCGUUGGCUAAUCAAUCUGAUCAGAUUUUGCAUAAUCAAAGGCUCAACUGAAAGAGCCUUAUUCUCUCUACAACCUUUGCAACUCUCCUCCUCUCUUUCCAUUAGCUUGAAGCAUUGAAAAAAAAUUAAAGCUUAUAUAUUUUGGAAGCUGGCUACUUUCGAAAUUGGAUUCUAAUGACCUCAGUGAAUUAUUGAAUUCACAUAAGUAUGUACGUAAAGAGGUGGCAAAGUGGAGAACUCUUUUACCCAAAAUACAUGCUAUACUUGAAGAUGCAGAACAGAAGCAAGUAACAAACAAGUUGGUGAGGUUAUUUCUUGGUGGUCUCAGGGACUUGGCUCUUGACAUGGAAGAUAUCCUUGACGAACUGGAGCUCGAUGCCAAGCGGAAACUGAUUGCAAGUCCUCAAGCCAGCACCAGCAUCAUACAAAAACUCACACCGAAGUGGGUUAAAGAUCCAGAGAUUGCUUCCCAGAUAAAGAACAUAACUGCCAGACUGCAACAUUUUGAAGGAGAGAUAAGGACUUUGGACUUGAUUAAUUCGGCUGUGAAUGUUGAAGCAAGUUCUAGUAAAGCUGUUGCAGUGAGAUCACUAGAUACUGCCAUGCCCGAAUCUCGUAUUGUUUAUGGUCGGGAAAGUGAUAAAGAGAAAAUCUUUCAAAUGUUUGAUGAUGAAGGCAAUCAUGAAGGAUACUCUGUUAUUCCAAUUAUCGGAAUGGGGGGUCUAGGCAAGACCACUCUUGCAGGCCUCAUUUAUUAUGAUGAUGAAAAAUUGAAGGAUUAUGGGUUUGAAUUGAAGGCCUGGGUUUGUGUUUCUGAUGUAUUUGAUGUUGACCAAAUUACAAGGGUCAUUCUACAGCAAGUAACUAGGAAAAAGUCUGAUGUACAAGAUCUUUUUUCACUACAACAGGAUCUGAAGAAAGAACUCUCUGGUAAGAAGUUCUUACUUGUACUAGACGACAUAUGGAAUGAGGAGUAUCACCGGUGGGAUGUACUACGAAGACCUUUCUCAGAUGGAGCACCUGGAAGUAAAAUCAUCGUAACAACUCGAAACAUGGUUGUUGCAAAAACCAUGAGAGCAGAUGAUAAAGUUUACAAUUUAGAUCUUCUUCCAGAGGAUGAAUGUUUGUCAUUAUUUGCUAGACAUGCAUUAGACAAGGAGAAUUUUGAUUCUCACCCAGAACUAGAAGGAGUUGGCAGAGAAAUUGUAGAUAAAUGUAAAGGAUUACCUUUGGCUGUGAAAGUCCUUGGUGGCCUCUUGCGUUGUAAACCGUAUUAUCAGGAGUGGGAAGAUCUGUUAAAUCGUGAGUUGUGCAAUCUACCCGAAGGCCAAAGUGACAUUUCUGCAGUUCUGAAAUUAAGCUACAACCGUCUUCCUCCUCAUUUGAAGGGAUGCUUUGGCUUUUGUGCUAUAUUUCCUAAGGACCAUGAAUUUGACAAAAAUGAGUUAGUUUUGUUAUGGAUGGCACAAGGGUUUUUGCAACAACCGUCACAAGGAAUAAAGCAAAUGCAUGAUCGUGGCCAUCAAUGUUUUAAUGAUUUAUUAUCAAGAUCAAUUUUUCAACCAUCAAUCAGAGAUCAAUCACAGUUUAUGAUGCAUGAUUACAUAUGUGAUUUAGCUCAAGAAGUUGCUGGAGAAAUAUGCUGCAGUAUUGAUCAACUGAGCUUGGGUGAUAAUAAGGCUCGCCAUUUGUCAUUUGCUCCUCGCCGAUAUGAUGUAUUGAAAAGAUUUGAAGUCUUGAAUGAAGAGAAGAAUUUGCGAACACUCCUACGAUUGAAAUGGAACAAUAAUAGAAAUUGGCCUGGUCCCUACUUAUCGAAUGAAGUUGCAGUCGGUAUAUUACCAAAAUUGAAGUGCCUAAGGGUGUUAUCUCUUUGUGGAGUACAGAAGCUACCAAAUUCAAUUGGGGAUUUGAAGCAUCUACGAUUCGUUAAUCUGUCUCAUUCAUUAAUUCAAAGUUUGCCCGAGUCGGUGGGUUCCUUGCUUUUCUUACAGACAUUGAUUUUACAUGACUGUAAAGAGCUUACUAGGGUACCUGCAACAAUUGGGAAUCUAAUUGACCUCCAUUAUCUUGACCUUACUAAUACACCAUCUCUGACAGAGAUUCCAUUGGGGGUAGCUAAAUUGAGAAGUCUUGUGUUACUGACCAAAUUUAUUCUGGGGAAAGCUGAUUCUGGAUUAAGAUUGAAAGAAUUGAAGAACCUGACAGGCCUUCAAGGUCGACUUUCCAUUUUGAAUCUACAUAAUCUUUUAGAUAUCGAAGAUGCCAAGGAUGUCAAGCUGGGCAACAUGGAAUUGGAUGAUCUAUCCUUAGAGUGGGCUUCUGUUUGUUCUGAUUCGCAGAGUAAAGUGAAAGACUUCCAAGUCCUUGAAUGCUUAAAACCUGGUCAAAGAUUGGAAAGGUUGACGAUCAAUUGCUACGGUGGGGAAGAAUUCCCAUCCUGGAUAGGUGAUCCAUCCUUUUCCCAGUUAAAGUUCUUGGAGCUUCGUGAUUGUCAAAAUUGUUGGAUAUGCCCUCCAGGUGAUUUGCUUCCUACUUCUCUAAUCCGUUUUGGGAUAGAAAGGGUAAAAAAUCUGAAAUCGCUAUCUAGAGAGCUCCUCCAAAACCUCAGCUCUCUUCAAGCACUAUUCAUUGAUGACUGUUCGGAGCUCCAGUUCUUACCGAAGGAAGGUCUGCCUUCCUCGCUUGGGCAUCUCCAGAUCCUCAACUGUCCACGGCUAGCACAACGGUUAAAGGAGAAGCAAGACUAUCAGCGCCUCAUAGCCCACAUCCCCCAUGUCAAGGUGGUCGAGCAAUAGCAGAAGCACACAGAUUUCCAAAUCAAACUGUCUCAAACAAGACUUUUGUGCUCUGUGAAUCCAGAGUACAAGACUGAGGACUAUACAAGAGAGAGAUCCUUUUUGAUUAGAGGCUGAAGGCUCUUUUUAAUGGGAAAAUAAGUUAGUUUCCAUAGAUUUUGGAAAGUUGCUGUACCCCCUCCCAGCAGUUUGGAAGACUUAUUCACUGCUCAAAUUUCUGUUGCGCAACAUUGUUGAGGAAGCAAGCUUUGCUAUAUGUGUUCUAUCUAUCUGAAUCAUUUUGGUAUCCCAGGCAUAGUUUCUGUUUGCAGUAAAAAAAUGUGUUGGAGGCAGAGACUAGCUUUUGUUAUUCAUUUGGUUUCUGAAUUCUGAUAUGAAUUCACCAUUGAUGGUAAGACGUUUAGGAUAGGACAUGGACAGGCCCCAAUGUCUUACGACUCUUACCUCAAAUGGAACAUCCUCAGCAUUGAGAUAGAUGGAAAAUGGGUGGUUUAGCAACAGCAGCAGGACAUGGAUUUCUGAAUCAAACUCUUUCUCAAUGAAGAUUUGGUGCUUUGCGAAUUUGAAGAAGUUUGUGAGAUAGAGGGGACCAAGAAGCAUAGUCAAAUGGAAUUUUCCUUCAAACUGGAAGAACAAAAGGUGAUGAUACAUGGAGACACUGCCGCACUGGAAUCUAUUUUAUAUAUGUUGUUUCUGAAGCAUGUCCUUCUCUUUCUUAUGGUGUCUAAAAAAUGUUAUAUUGUGUAUAAAUCUUGCACAAGAGAUUAUAUAUGAUAGUUGAAGUACUGAGUAUUAUCAAGACAAAACAUAGUCCAUACGCAUUACUAAUUUUCUAAGACAUGCAUUUCUUUUUCUGAAGAAUCCCAAGAACAAGACCAUACAAGACACAGAUGCUUUGUGAUUAGAAGCAAAAGGCUGAUGUCAACUGAUAGAAGAAGUUGGUAUGUUAAGACUUUGAAAAGUUGUUAUCCCAGCAUUUUGCAGGACUCAAUUGACUGCUCAAAUAUCUUUUGCUUGGUCCUAAGGAAAUUAAGGAGUUGGAGCAGCUUACUGGAGUUGGCUCAAGUGAACCAUGCCUAACAAUGUAGAUUUGAGCCCUUCUAUUUUUUUUGAACUUUUUGUUAUGGGACGGGUUUAAAACCCGAUCAGGAGAGAUAUAUGCACUUUUGUAAUGGCACUAACCAUUGGCCCACAAGUACCAAGUGCAGAUUUGAGCCCUUCUAUUGAAAUUUAAGUAUAAAUAAUUUUAAUAGGU